GCCCCCGGGCGGGUCCCGGUGCGGAGCCAGAGCGAGCGCGGAGCCGCCGCACGCAGGUGUUGGAGCAGGAUUUGUUCUUUGGAGCUGUCAGCUCUGCUGGGCAGGAAAAAUGUCAGACGGUUUCUCUCUAUCUGAUGCCUUGGCCAACAGCAACAACCCAGCCCCCUGUGCGCCCCCAGGCCAGGGCUGGCCCUCCUGGGGGAACCAGCCAGCAGCUCCUGGAGCCUUCCCAGGGUAUCCUGGAGCACCUGCAGCCUACCCUGGAGCACCUGCAGCCUACCCUGGAGCACCUGGAACCUGUCCUGGAGGACCUGGAGCAUACCCUGCGUACCCUGGAGCACCUGGAGCUUAUCCUGGAGCACCAGCAGGACCAGGAGCGUAUCCAGGAGCACCUGGAGCAUUCCCUGGAGCUCCACCAGCAACAGGGCCGUAUCCUGCCCCAGGACAACCACCCAGUGGCCCUGGAUUUGGGCCUUCUGCUCCUCAGGGAGGACCAACAGCUCCACAGGGAGGACCAACAGCUCCACAGGGAGGACCAACCCCUCCCAUGAAAGUGCCCUUUGAGCUGCCCCUGCAGGCAGGACUCGUCCCUCGGCUGCUCAUCACCAUCACUGGGACUGUGAACCCCAACCCAAACAGGUUUUCACUGGAUUUCAAGAGAGGGAAUGACGUUGCCUUCCACUUCAACCCCCGCUUCAACGAAGACAACAGGAAAGUCAUCGUCUGCAAUUCCAUGUUCCAGAACACCUGGGGGAAGGAGGAGAGGACAGCUCCCAGGUUUCCAUUUGAAGCUGGAAAACCCUUCAAGCUGCAGGUGCUUUGUGAGACGGAUCACUUCAAGGUGGCCGUGAACGACGCGCACCUGCUGCAGUACAACUUCCGCGAGAGGCGGCUCAACGAGGUCACCAAGCUCUGCAUCGGGGGGGACAUCGCCCUCACCAGCGUGGUGCCCACCAUGAUCUGACUGGGGGCACUCUGGCAAACCCUGCUCUGGCAGGGUGGGACACAAGUGCCUUCUCACCAGCUCACUGUGAGGGAAUAAAACAUUGAACAUGUACAA